GAUCGUGGUAUGUGCAUGUCACAACGUAAGGGUGCUGAUGAUACUACAGUUGCACAGGGCGCUUCACUUCAUCUCCUGUCCACUCCAGCAGCAGAUUACAUCGUUGUUGUCAAUGCAAACGCUGCCGCUGCGUGUUCCAAGCAAGUGCCUAUUCGAGGUGUCCAAGGUGCUGGUUACAGCUCUCUAGAGAUCUUCAUGUGGAAUCCAGUGACCAGGUCUCUCGGCCUGUACCAAGUCCUCAGGAUGAACGCCCUGAAGAGUGUAUCCCCUUUCAACUACGAAGCGCUAGGGUGCCUAGCAGUAUCCGCUGAUGGAUACUUGAAGAUCGCCUGUGUACAUGACACCGCGAAGGGAUUCGUCCUUCACCAGAACUUGCCCAUGCACUAUAGCCACGAGGUUUCGGCCCACGUUUGUCCCAAAGAUGGCUCUGUGCUGAUCGCAGUCUCGGCCAAGCAGUCUGGCCAGUUCGACCGUGUCUUCGCGUACCGUUGGUCCCGGCACGGCCUCCAGAAAAUGGCCAACAUCGCUGCAGUCUCCGUCGGCUCUGUGGCUGUGAUUGGAAACCCGGAUGCUUGCCUUGUAGUCGUCGGUCAGCGAAGUGUGGCGGGCGCGGACACGCCCACGUCGCUAUACAGCUACAUGCCCGGCCACCACCAGGAGAUGCUGGAAGUGCAGAGGUUGUUCGCGGGUGACGUGCAAUCCAUCAGCUGGUUGCCGACGCCAGACGGCCGUACGAGCCUAAUGUUCGUGCGCUCCAGCGGAGCGGGAAAGAAUCUCAAGGUGUACGCGUUCAAAGGAGCUUCCGGUUUUCUCGAGCAACAGUCUCUUCACGUCGAUGAAUCCUUCCAGGAGGUACGGACAUUCCGAAGGCCCGAUGGCCUACACUUCAUCACGCUGUCAAACAGCCGGGAAGAGCCUUCGGCAGUUAUCCUAGCCUCCAAGGUCAAGGGAACGCCCUACAUCCAUCCUUAGGCGACAGUUUGUUCAGGGUUUUUCUUAACAUUUUUACCAAUUCUUGCGUCUUACUCAUCUACACUUGUUAUCCGGUUCAUAGAACUGUAACGACGACAUAAUACAAUAAACUUUUACGUUUUUACAACGCCUU